UUAUUAUUAUUAUUAUUAUUAUUAUUAUUGUCGCCAUUGGAAUGUCUUCCCCUUCACAGCCUUACUACACGUACCUUCUCCAUUGAUGCUCGCGCUCCGAGAAUACGGUGUCGUUUCGCUCCACAAUCGCGACUCCUGCGAUCAAGUUCUGAUCUUUCUCCAUAGUAUAUAUAUCUAUAUAUUUGUGCGUGUGUGUGCGCACGCGCUACCAUUUGCUCGACUGAUCUGAACAACAAGCGAGGUUUCUGCAUGAGUGUGGAGUGGCCAGUAUUUUGUUCAUCUGGGGAUUCCAAAUUUUAAUUGUGACUUUUGGUUCCCUGGCGGCUCUGUUCUGUCUAUUGCUGGAAAAAGGAUGGUAGCCUUUGGUAAAAAAUUGAAGCAAGUACAGGUUCAGGAAUGGCAAGGCUACUAUAUUAACUACAAGUUAAUGAAAAAAAAAGUGAAGCAAUAUGUCGAGCAAAUAGAUGCUUCGGAAGAGAAUCGGGACUCUGUCCUCAAGGAUUUCUCAAGAGUUAUGGAUAAGCAGAUUGAGAAAACAGUCCUGUUUCUAUUAGAACAACAAGGGCAUUUGGCAAGCAGGUUGUCUGUUCUUGGAAUGCAGCACGACGGCAUUAUUCAGGAGCCUGAUGCUGCGAGGAUAUCUGAAUUGCAGGAAUCCUAUAGAGAUGUCGGAAGGGAUCUCCUGAAACUGUUGUAUUUUGUGGAGCUGAAUGCGAUUGGGAUACGUAAAAUAUUGAAGAAAUUUGAUAAGAGAUUUGGUUAUAAGUUUACCAAUUACUAUGUCAAGACACGAGCAGACCAUCCUUAUUCUCAGCUAAGGCAGGUGUUUAAACAUGUGGGGAUUUCAGCAGUGGUUGGAACUCUAUCUCGGAACCUUGCUGAUCUCCAGGACCAUCAGGAGAGCUAUGUAUCGAUAUACGAUCAUCCUGCCCUGCCUCUCCCGGACCCCAUCAUUGAAUCUAUCAAGGCUGCAGUUGACAGGUUGGGAUACUCAACAGAUAUCCUCCAGUAUCUGGCAAAAUGUUCGCUUAUUGUGACAGAGGAAUCGGAAACUCCAUCAGAUGAUGACAAUGAUGCGAGAUAUCAUUUCAUGUCUCUUCUUCUGAACCUCGCCAGUACUUUUCUAUACAUGGUUAAUACUUAUAUAAUUGUCCCAACCGCUGAUGACUACUCGUUGAGCCUUGGUGCUGCAGCGACCGUUUGUGGGGCUGUUAUUGGCUCAAUGGCUGUUGCUCAGGUUUUCUCUUCGGUUUAUUUCAGUUCCUGGUCAAAUAAGUCGUACAUGAGACCUCUCAUAUUCAGCAGCAUUGUUCUUUUCAUUGGGAACACUUUAUAUGCUCUUGCCUAUGAUUGCAACUCAAUCUAUGUGCUUCUUAUUGGCCGCUUGUUUUGUGGAUUGGGAUCUGCAAGAGCUGUUAAUCGACGCUAUAUCAGUGACUGUGUUCCUACAAUAAUUCGUAUGAAAGCAUCUGCUAGUUUUGUCAGCGCAAGCGCACUUGGGAUGGCUUGCGGUCCUGCGAUCGCCUGUUUACUUCAAACUAACUUCAAGAUCUUCAAAAUUACAUUCAACCAAAACACCUUACCUGGAUGGAUCAUGGCCUUGGCAUGGCUUCUCUAUCUUUUGUGCUUAUGGUUGAUGUUUGAAGAACCUUAUCACUACGAGAAGGUGAACUUAGUGCCGCAGGAGACCAACAACAGACUGGCUGUCAUUUUGGACAAUGGCAGCAUAUCCCAACCAUUGCUCUCAAGCUCGAUGGCAGCGAAGCAACAAGAUAUCGAUGAUGAAGAUGAAGAUGAAGAUCAAGAUAUUGAUAUUAGCGAAGAAGCUUCGGAGGAAAGCCAUAAACCUGUUACAUCAAUUACAUCUGCGUAUAAGCUGCUCACACCAUCUGUGAAGGUACAGUUGCUUAUAUACUUCAUGCUCAAGUAUGCCAUGGAGGUUUUGCUAGCCGAAUCAAGCGUCAUCACCACAUAUUACUUCAUAUGGUCGACUAGCAAUGUGGCGAUUUUUCUGGCGUGCCUUGGCGUUACAGUGCUUCCGGUGACUGCCGUUGUCGGAGGCUACCUCAGCAACAUAUUUGAGGAAAGGCAAGUUUUAUUGGCAUCAGAGAUCAUGGUAUUCCUAGGCAUUGUCUUCAGCUUCCACCUGAUUAUCCCUUACACUGUCCCGCAAUACGUCUGCUCGGCUCUACUGACAUUCGUCGCGGCUGAGGUUCUAGAAGGUGUCAACCUUUCACUCCUGUCUCGAGUGAUGUCUUCACGGCUUUCGAAAGGAACCUUCAACAGCGGGUUGCUGUCGACAGAAGCAGGCACCCUGGCAAGAGUAGUUGCAGAUGGCACGAUCACGCUGGCCGGGUAUUGGGGAAUGAACAAGCUCUUGAAUGCUACCCUUCUUCCUUCAUUACUCAUCUGUCUUUCCUCCAUUGUAGCCACUUGCUUCACUUACAAUUCACUCUAUUGAAGCAUUAUAUAGAUCACACUCCAAUGUACAAAUAAAUACUGCUAAUGCUGCUGCUGUACUGCAUUAUUUAUAGUUUUACUAAUGAAAUUUGGGUAUUAACUUAUUA